UAUUUGCAUGUGUUUCUGUCCAGCUAGUCUUCUUCUAUCCCCAUGAAAUGAGGGUCUUAUCAGCUAUAUGCACUCAUUUCAGUUCCAUGAUCACUUGUCAGCCUUUGACUGGGCAUAUAUCUAACCACUUUAACUGAUAUUUAAUGUCUGGUGAUGUGGCGGGGGCAUAUAACCGAACGACAAACAGAUCAGAUGAUCUUAAUUUCUGGAUGUAUGAUGAAAUAUUGAAUGGCCAAUGGAAAUAAUGCAGCAAAAAAUUUACUUGGACCUAAGAAGGAAUAUAGAGAAUCUGGAGAAGAAUGGUGUGACUGGCCUCCGUACUUUGGUCAACCUUGGUUCCGAAGUGUAUAUGCAAGCUGAUGUGCCAGAUACACGGCACAUAUUUGUGGACAUUGGACUGGGCUUCCAUGUAGAGUUUACCUGGUCUGAAGCUUUGGAGUUCAUAUCAAGAAAGGAAGAAAGAUUAGACAGGCAGAUCGAGGAGUAUACACUACUAAUUGCAUCUAUCAAAGCCCAAAUCAAGAUGGUAUGCUUAGAAUCAGUAAUGAUUGCAUUUUGUUGCUUCUUUCAUGUGACAAGAUUAGAAUCAUGAACUAGUUCAGGUGCUUCUGCCCAAUAUCUAUAGUUUGGAGCUCUAAGAAGUGGCA